AUGGCGGUGGCCAAAGGACCAGAGACCCGUUGGGUUUACUUCGUAGUCUUUUGGCUGUGUGGUGAAUUUGUGGGCGCUGGAGGGGCUUCCACGCUAUGUCCCAACGCAGCUUCCAGAAAGAAGUGCAGACCUGGGGAAGGCUAUUCUAACCCCCGGUGUGAUGAAUGCCGGACCCUCCCAAACUGCGAGGAAGGGGAGGAGCUGCAGUGCUCAGGCACCAUAGACUUUAACUUUUUCUGUAAAAAAUGUCCCGACGGAACCUACUUGGAUGGAAAGACCGGCUGUUGUACCGCUUGGACAGACUGCAGUGGGAAUGGAUUGCAAACUGUCCAGCCAGGAAAUCGUACCCACAACGUACAAUGCGGCAUUGUUCUUUCGACCGUGGAGACAGAUUCCAUGUUCACCAACGUCCUGGCGAUUGUGACUGCUGCGGGCAUCUUCCUCGUCAUCCUGAUGAUGUUCUCCUUGCUCCUCUGCAUGUGGGUGCAGAAGAGAGAAAAGCUCCCCGACAUGGAAGAUUCAGAAGCUGUGGAUGCUUCUAACCAUGUGCAGCUUCCGCAACAACACGAGGAGAGCUUCAGCUGCCAGUACCCGGAAGAAGAGCGGGGGCACAAAAUGGCGGAAGAAAGGGACUCGAUGCCAUUCUUGGCACACUGAAGCAGGGCAUAACUACUGGGGCACCGUUGCGUCCCUUAGUACCUCUCAGCGGCCCUCGACCAGGGGCAUGAAAUGACUCCAUUGAGCAAUGAGAAGUUUAUAGGAGAGUCAAAGCUGCUGUGCUUGGGGCAGACCUUUCACAAGCGCCGCUCGACUCCUGAUGUCACACGCUUGCCGUUUUGGGAUUGUAUGUCUGAACUUCCCCAUCUCGACUUGCUCUAGGGCUCCUUGGACAAAAGAGGCUGGACUGGACUCCCAGGAGGUUUUGGCGGAUUGAGGAGGAACCCUUCCAAACUGCGUCAAUGGGGAGCAGCCCAUCCAUUGGACAGAACUCUGAAACAGCCACACAUUAGACUAGACGGGGAGGCCCUGAAUCCACAGGGAGAGAUGCCAACUUCAAUGUUCACCAGGGAGGUGGAAGAACCCAGAAAGCAAGGGGCGGGACUUAAGAGAUACCAGCGGGUUGGAGGCGGAGCCAAGAUGGAAUCUGGACAAUACGGGAGGGAGCAUCCGACAUGGGUGGAGCCAAGGUCCCGCUAGUUUUGAAUGGCUUUGGGUAUUGUAAAUUAAGUGAAUGAUAGGCAGCCGUAUCUAUAUCCAUAAAGUUUGGGGCAACUCCUAAAGUGUUGUCCUGUUACGACAA